UCCAUGUGUGAAAGCUACUUGGCAUGAAUGCCUGGGCCGUACCAAGUGCCGCGGCAGCGAGAGGGGGAGGCAGAAGGAAAACCGAUCAGGCCAGAGCAGACAAUAGGCCCCUAAAGUGUUCCCCCUAAGUUGCUUUGAUGUUGUCCUAGUGUCUUGGUAGCGGGAGGCCGGGGACUGCGGGCGCAGGGGCUCGCUGUGUUGGCCGCCGCGGCCCCCCCCCGGCUCGGCGGAAUGACUCCCCAGGAAUCCCGCGCCUAGCAAGAUAAUCUUUCCUUGUGUGAGAAGGAGUCCUGAACUCAUCACCUCUACGAUGAGCACUGCAGUGUCGUGACACCAGAGGUCUUGUGUGCCCUGGAGAUGCGAGACUUCCCCUCAGCAGCAGGAGGCACACAUUCAGAGAAUGCUGGAGCUGCAGGAGGGAAGGGCCCAGUGCAACGACAGAGAGAGACAAAGAGAAAAAAGACAAGCAGACGGACAGCGGUGAGAGAAGCGUGCGGCAGAAAGUGCUUCAAAGCUGCCAGCAGCAGCAGGCCCCCUAGAGGAACUUGACAAGAGCCCAACUGUGUGUGUGUGAGCUCAGGAUUUCUGUCAAUGCAUUCCAGUAACCCCAAAGUGAGGAACUCCCCAUCAGGAAACACACAGAGUAGCCCCAAAUCAAAGCAGGAGGUGAUGGUCCGUCCCCCCACAGUGAUGUCCCCGUCUGGCAACCCCCAGCUGGAUUCCAAAUUUUCCAACCCGGGUAAACAGGGGGGCUCAACCAGCCAAUCCCAGCCCUCUCCCUGUGACCCCAAGAGUGGAGGUCACCCCCCCAAAGUGCUCCCUGGCCCAGGUGGGAGCAUGGGGUUGAAGAAUGGGGCUGGAAAUGGUGCCAAGGGGAAGGGAAAGAGAGAGAGGAGCAUUUCAGUGGAUUCCUUCGAACAGAGAGAUGCUGGGACUCCCAGUGAUGAUUCGGAAAUCAAAGACUGCAACUCUGCCGACCAUAUGAAGACCCAGGAUUCCCAGCAUACGCAACACUCCGUGACUCCUUCAACUGCUUCAGCCCCAAGGUCUUCCACACCCUCCCAUGGCCUGACUGCCACUUCGGAGCCAGCUAGUGGACAAAAGACUCCAUCCAAAGUGGUUUAUGUCUUUUCUACUGAGAUGGCCAAUAAGGCUGCAGAAGCUGUGCUGAAGGGACAGGCAGAAACCAUUGUGUCCUUUCAUAUCCAGAACAUCUCAAACAGCAAGGCAGAGCGAAACACUCUACCCCUGAACACCCAGGUUUCUGCACUUCGAAAUGAAACCAAGCCUCUGCCACAACCUCAGCCGCAGCCCCAUGCUUCACAGGAACACAAUCCUCCCCAGAAUGCCAAAAUACAGCCAACUCCACCUGUUUCGGCACCAGCAUCGAAAUCUGCUGGCCCCCCGUGUCCCAUGGAUCAGGACAGUCCUGGAGUAGAGAGUAAAGUGAUGUCUGUUGGCAGCCCUUCCAACUCCACCCCAUUGCAGACUGAGGGAUUUGGGCAGAGUUCAACCCCAAAUAAUCGAGCAGUCAGCCCAGUCUCCCAGGGGAGCAACAGUUCCAAUGCAGACCCCAAAGGUCCCACCCAGCAGGUAUCCGGUGGUGACCCAUCCAGUUUAGGCGAGAACCCAGAUGGACUGUCUCAGGAGCAGCUGGAACAUCGAGAGCGCUCAUUGCAAACUCUACGAGAUAUACAGCGCAUGCUUUUCCCUGAUGAGAAAGAAUUCACUGGAGGGCAAAGUGGGGGGCCUCAGCAGAACUCUGGAGUUCUGGAUGGUCCUCAAAAGAAACCUGAAGGGCCAAUACAGGCCAUGAUGGCUCAGUCCCAAAGUUUAGGCAAAGGGCCAGGACCUCGGACAGAUGGAGGGGCUCCAUUUGGCCCUCAAGGACAUAGAGACAUGCCCUUCUCACCAGAUGAAAUGGUGCCACCGUCUUUGAACUCUCAAUCUGGACCCAUAGGACCAGACCACCUGGAUCAUAUGACUCCUGAGCAAGUGGCCUGGCUGAAGCUACAGCAGGAGUUUUAUGAGGAGAAGAGAAGGAAGCAAGAACAGGUUGUGGUGCAGCAGUGUUCCCUGCAGGACAUGAUGGUCCACCAACAUGGGCCUCGAGGUGUGGUUCGAGGCCCCCCACCUCCCUAUCAGAUGACCCCUGGUGAGGGCUGGGGUCCUGGCGGUCCAGAGUCCUUUGCUGAUGGCAUGAAUGUGUCUCAUUCUCUACCCCCCAGAGGCAUGGCCCCUCAUCCCAAUAUGCCUGGGAGCCAGAUGCGCCUGCCUGGAUUUGCAGGAAUGAUGAAUCCUGACAUGGACAGCCCCAGUGUCCCAAACCCCACAUCCAGACCUGGGCUUUCAGGAGUCAGUUGGCCAGAAGAUGUGCCAAAAAUCCCAGAUGGCCGAAACUUCCCUCCAAGCCAGGGUGUCUUCAGUGGUCCUGGCCGAGGGGAGCGGUUCCCAAAUCCCCAGGGCCUGCCAGAGGAGAUCUUUCAACAGCAGUUGGCAGAGAAACAGCUGGGCCUGCCCCCUGGCUUGAGCAUAGAAGGCAUCAGGCCUGGCAUAGAGAUGAACCGGAUGAUUCCCUCCCAGAGACACAUGGAGCCUGGGAAUAACCCCAUCUUCUCUCGCAUGCCUGUUGAAGGGCCCCUGAGCCCCUCCAGGGGGGACUUCCCAAAAGGAAUGCCACCUCAGAUUGGCCCUGGUAGGGAGCUGGAGUUUGGGAUGGGCCCUGGGAGCAUGAAGGGGGACAUAAGUCUGAACGUUAGCAUGGGCUCCAACCCAUCUAUGAUACCUCAGAAGAUGAGGGAAGCUGGAGUGGGGCCAGAGGAGAUGAUGAAACUGCGUCCAGGUGUGUCAGAGAUGCUCUCUUCUCAGCAGAAAAUGGUGUCAUUGCCAUUUGGAGAGCAUCCCCAACAGGAGUAUGGCAUGGGUCCCAGGCCUUUCCUUCCUAUGUCUCAGGGCCCAGGAGGUGGUCUCCGUAAUCUCAGAGAGCAGAUUGGGCCUGACCAAAGGACUAACAACCGGCUCAGCCACAUGCCGCCACUACCUCUCAACACAACCAGUAACCCGAAUAGCCUCAACACAGCUCCCCCUGUUCAGCGCAGCCUAGGACGCAAGCCCUUGGAUAUCUCUGUUGCAGCUAGUCAGGUGCAUUCACCGGGCAUCAACCCUUUGAAGUCUCCCACGAUGCGGCAGGUCCAGUCUCCCAUGCUGGGUUCUCCCUCGGGGAACCUUAAGUCUCCUCAGACUCCAUCCCAGCUGGCAGGAAUGCUUGCAGGGCCAACUGCUGCAGCAGCUGCUGCUUCCAUUAAGUCUCCCCCUGUUUUGGGAUCUGCUGCUGCCUCACCAGUCCACCUCAAGUCUCCUUCCCUCCCUGCACCUUCUCCUGGCUGGACUUCCUCUCCAAAGCCCCCGCUGCAGAGUCCUGGGAUUCCCCCGAACCACAAAGCAUCUCUCACCAUGUCUUCCCCAGCCAUGCUGGGGAAUGUGGAGUCAGGUGGCCCACCACCUUCCACUGUCAGCCAGUCUGCUCCUGUGACUCUCCCUGGAAAUCUUCCCUCUAGCAGUCCCUACACAAUGCCUCCAGAGCCCACGCUCUCCCAGAAUCCCCUCUCCAUCAUGAUGUCCAGGAUGUCCAAGUUUGCCAUGCCCAGCUCUACGCCACUCUACCAUGAUGCCAUCAAGACUGUGGCUAGCUCGGAUGAUGACUCCCCUCCAGCACGCUCCCCAAAUUUGCCACCAAUGAACAAUCUACCAGGAAUGGGCAUUAAUUCCCAGAAUCCUCGAAUUUCAGGUCCAAACCCAGUGGGUCCAAUGCCAACCCUUAGCCCAAUGGGAAUGACCCAGCCUCUUUCCCAUACCAAUCAGAUGCCCUCUCCAAAUGCUAUGGGACCCAGUAUACCUCCUCAUGGGGUCCCUGUAGGACCUGGCCUGAUGUCACACAAUCCAAUGAUGGGGCAUGGUUCCCAAGAUCCUCCAAUGGUACCUCAAGGACGCCUGGGCUUCCCACAGGGGUUUCCUCCAGUACAGUCCCCGCCCCAGCAGGUGCCAUUUCCGCACAAUGGCCCCAGUGGAGGACAAGGCAACUUCCCUGCUGGAAUGGGCUUCCAUGGAGAAGGACCUCUGGGGCGUCCCACCAACCUGCCCCAAAGUUCAACAGAUCCAGCACUUUGCAAGACUGGAGGCCCUGGGGGUCCAGACUCCUUCACUGUUCUAGGAAACAUGCCUUCAGUUUUCACUGAUCCAGACCUGCAGGAGGUGAUCCGCCCUGGAGCCACUGGAAUACCAGAGUUUGACCUGUCCAGGAUAAUUCCAUCAGAGAAGCCUAGCCAGACACUGCAGUAUUUCCCUCGUGGGGAAGUUCCAGGCCGCAAGCAGCCGCAGGGUCCUGGGCCUGGAUUCUCUCAUAUGCAGGGAAUGAUAGGAGAGCAGACUCCAAGAAUGGGACUUGCAUUACCUGGCAUGGGGGGCCCAGGGCCAGUGGGAACUGCUGAUAUCCCCCUUGGAACUGCUCCAUCUAUGCCAGGCCAUAAUCCAAUGAGACCACCUGCCUUUCUGCAGCAAGGCAUGAUGGGACCUCAUCAUCGGAUGAUGUCACCAGCACAAACGGCAAUGCCUGGUCAGCCCACGCUAAUGAGUAACCCAGUAGCUGCAGUGGGCAUGAUUCCAGGCAAGGACCGAGCCCCUGCUGGGCUAUAUAGCCACCCAGGUCCUGUUGGCUCACCUGGUAUGAUGAUGUCAAUGCAGGGCAUGAUGGGACCCCAACAGAACAUCAUGAUUCCCCCCCAGAUGAGACCCCGAGGUAUGGCUGCUGAUGUUGGAAUGGGAGGAUUUAGCCAAGGCCCUGGAAAUCCAGGGAACAUGAUGUUUUAAGCUGCUACCAUAAGACUGGAUGUUCUGAUCCUUGUCAAGAUGAGAUUCCAAGUCCUGACGGCUUUUGGGGAGCUUCAGGAGUACAGUUUGGCCAUGCAAUAGGUGAAAAGAGACCAGAGGAUGCUUUGGGAAAUCUCGAAUGUAUGGAAUUUACCUGAAAACAGAUUAUUCAUUUUAACAGGUUUUUUUUAAGAUUUAUUUUUUAAAAAUUAUUUUUGUGGACUUCAGUAUCCCAUGAUGGCACCUGCUUUGAGAAUCUGUAGCUGUAUUUUGAGAAUUGCCAUUUGUCACAAGUUGCACCAUUCUCUGUAUGUUUACGUCCUUUGGACUGGCUUCUCCCAGGACUCUCGGUUAUUUUUUGGGGCUUUUUUUGUGUACUGUACUAUAUUGUAAAAGGGAUUUUAGCAGAGACUUUAGUCUUUGGGGUGAGAGGAGAAUGGGAUUCUAGGCUGUUUACUUUAGGUGGAGAAUCCAUCUUCAGAACUUCGGACUAUUUUCCUUCAACUCCAAUGUAUAGAAAACCAAACUACGACCUCAGAGCAGAGUAUUAAUGAAAAGCACAAAAAAGGAACUUAAGUUCAGUGAGGGGAAUCUUUUAAAAGAAAUAAUAAGUUAAGGACAUAUUUUUCAAAUUAUGGAGUGCUGUCCAGCACCUUCUGUCUCUCCCUCCCACUCCUUAUUAAAUAGGCUUCUCUCUCCGUCCCCUUCUGUCUCCUCCUUUGGCAGCUGCAAUACAAUGUAUUAUUUUGGGGAGUAAAUCUAGAAGAGCCUCUCCUCGUGGGGAGUUUUCCCACUUUCAGGAAGGGGCUGGACUUGGACACUGUUACAUUCUACAGUAGUCUCUCUCACUGUUUCCUAUUCUCCUUUUCUUAGAAACCCCAAGUGAUUUUAUUAAUGUGGGAGUGGAACAGACACUAAAAGUUAUCCAGGAUUUUUUUUGUGGUUAUUUUUUUUCCUCCCCAGCGUAAGACGUUCUGUGUAACCUCCAUUAAAUUUGGUACAAAACCACUCGCCAGGGCUGUGGUGUCAGAAAAAUAAAAUAUAUUGUUUCUUACAAAAACGGACUUUUUUUUUUAAUCCAGUCUAGUGGUGUCCUGUGUACUUCACAUGACUGGCAAACUUUUCCUUGUUUGUUCCCUUAUUAGGGUCACAACCAUAUUAGCUGCUAGAUGGGACUAGCUUUUAUAUCUUAUAAAAGGUACUGUAUUGGUUGCCGUGU